AUUCAUCAGUAAAUUCUGAUGUAGAUGAAGAGGAAUCAGAAAUCGAGACUGAUAGAUCAGAAGUCAAUGAAGAAACAGAAUUGGAAAUCAAUAUAGUAGAAUCAGUGAUUGAGAAAUUGGUAAUAAGUGAAACUAAUGAUGAAA